CUGUAUCCACAACGAGACUAGGCACGCAAGUCCCUGACGUCUCUCCAGCGGAGGGAGGGGCUGGCAGAACAUGGCGUCGGUUUCGUCUGUGACAGGUUGUUGACUUAGGAAGGAAGUGACAGGAGCUCCGAGAAGGCACGAGCUCCCCGGCCGGGAGCGCAGAUAGAGCGGCUUACUACCUGCUAUAUGGAGACGGCCGGAAUGAGUAUGGAAAACAUGGAGACGUUGACCGAACUUGGGGAUGAACUCACCCUGGGAGACAUUGAUGAAAUGCUUCAGUUUGUUAGCAAUCAGGUGGGAGAAUUCCCUGACCUUUUUGAAGAUCAGUUGUGUUCCAGCUACCAGGGAAACACAGCGAUGGACACUGGUUUACCCAAGACGUAUAGCCCGACCCAGCCCCCGAACUACCAGAUCCCAGCACCACAGCCUCAGACACCACAAGCAGUGGUGUCUGUCAAAAAUCCUGUCCAGCACCCCAUUCAGAGGACCACGCCUGUUCUUCAGCCUCGCCCUGUCAUACAGUCCCCUCCGCAGCAUCAGCUGCAGCAGCAGACGGUCAUGCUGACGCCAGCCUUUAGCACAACCACCCAGACUCGAUUUAUACAGCAACCACUCAUCUACCAAAAUGCCGGCACUGCAAGUUUUCAAGUGCUGCAGCCCCAAGUUUCGAGUUUGAUGGCAACACAGCAGAUGCAACCAGUGACCAUCCAGCAACAGGUACAAACUGUCCAAGCCCAGAGGGUACUCACACAAACUGCCAACGGAACCAUCCAAACCCUUAGUCCUGCCGCACAGGGCACAAUCCAAACCCUGACUCCAGCUACUGUUCAGGCUGUUACUCCACAAGUGCAGCAAGUUCCUCUACUUGUACAACCUCAGAUCAUUAAGACAGAGUCCCUGGUCCUCACAGCCCUGAAAGCGGACGGUAGCCCAGUCAUGACUGCGGUACAGAAUCCCGCCAUCACAACGCUUGCUACCCCACUGCAGACCACUGCUCUGCAAGUACCUACAUUGGUUGGUGGCAAUGGGACUAUUUUGACAACUAUGCCAGUUAUGAUGGGACAGGAAAAGAUGCCUAUAAAGCAGGUGCCCGGCACUUUAAAACAGCCAGAGGUGCCUAAGGAGGGUGAGAGGAGAACAACACAUAACAUUAUUGAGAAAAGGUAUCGCUCAUCAAUCAAUGAUAAAAUCAUUGAGCUAAAGGAUUUGGUGAUGGGAACUGAUGCCAAGAUGCACAAAUCGGGUGUCUUGAAGAAAGCCAUAGACUACAUAAAAUACUUGCAGCAAGCCAACCAGAAACUUCGACAGGAAAAUAUGGCUCUCAAACUGGCCAAUCAGAAAAACAAAUAUCUGAAGGGCAUUGAUUUGAGCAGUUUGGUGGACACCAGCAUGGAAAUGAAGAUGGAUGAAUUCAACCAAAAUAUUCUAAUGAUGUCUCCUCCAGCAUCGGAUUCUGGAUCUUCCCCUGUCUUCUCUCCUUAUUCUGUGGAUUCAGAGCCAGGGAGCCCCCUGUUAGACGACGAAAAGGUGAAGGAUGAGCCGGACUCACCAACAGGACUUGGGAUGAUGGAUCGAUCACGGAUGCUUCUUUGCACUAUGACGUUCCUUUGCUUAACGUUUAACCCUCUGACGUCGUUACUGCACUCUGAAAAUGUCCAACAUUCAGACAGAACAAUGCAGCAUGGGACAACUAGAACAAUGCUGGGGAUUGACGUUUCAGGUCUUUCUGGGAGCUGGAUUGACUGGCUUAUCCCUACAUUAAUUCUUUGGCUGGUAAAUGGGGUGAUUGUUCUCAGUGUCUUCAUGAAACUGUUGAUCCAUGGAGAGCCAGUGACCCGGUUACACUCGCGCUCCUCUGUAAAAUUCUGGAGGCACCGCAAGCAAGCUGACCUGGAUCUUGCUCGGGGAGAUUUUGGAGCAGCGGCAGUGAAUUUACAGACUUGCUUGUGUGUAUUGGGCCGAUCUCUUCCUGCUUCCCGCUUCGACCUUGCAUGUAGCCUAUCCUGGAACGUUAUCCGUUGUAGUCUCCAGAAGAUAAGCCUGGUACGUUGGUUACUCAAACGUACCCCCGGCCACUAUAAGAAAGCAGAAUUCCAGGAUGAAGCCACUACCAGCGCCCGAGAUGCUGCCCUUGUGUAUCACAAGUUGCACCAGCUACAUUUGACAGGAAAGCUGCCGUCAAGUUGGUGUUGUUCGGGCUUAAAUCUCUCUCUAUGUGCAGUAAACCUAGCUGAAUGUGCUGGUGACAAGAUCUCACCAACCUUACUAGCAGAAAUCCACCUAACCACGGCUGUGCAGAUGAAGAUAACCUUCUCGGGGAAAUUCUCUUUUCUGUCGGCCUAUUUCCUCGGGUGUGCCCAAAGUAGCAGCUCCUCCAGUGACACAGAUUCUGUACCUGAAUCAUUACGUUGGCUGCUGCACCCGCUGGGCAAACACUUUUUCAUCAAUUCUAAUUGGACUGUGAAGACUGCAUCAAAAGAGUCUAUUUACAGCUCUUCCAGAAAUCCAGCUGACCCCAUUGCUCAAAUCCAUCGGGCAUUUUGUGAAUCUUUGCUGGAGAAAGCGUUGUAUGCUCUUGCCAAGCCAGAAGCCAGCAGAGUGUCGAUGGAAGACGAAAGCUGCGAGUUUUCCAAAGCUCAAGAGUAUCUGAAACUUUUAAAUAUCUUUGCGGAUUCUGUAAGCGGGGUCAGUGCCCUCCCCAUUGGGGGUUCAUCCUGCAUGUUGACCUCUACUAGUUCAGAUCCCAUCUGUCGCUGGUGGCACUCUGUGGCCUCAAUGGCUGUUGGCUGGCUGCAGGGCGAUGAUACUUUAGAGAAAUCCCAUUAUUUGGAUGUAGAGCGGAUACCUAAGAUGCUGGAUACUGAGAACCCCUUAGUGAAAGCUGUCAUUCACAUGUGCAGAGCCUUGCAUAUGUCCUUGUCUGGGAAGAGUGAAAGUUCACAAAAUUCGUUCAAUCAGUGCGAGAAAGCCAGCGCCUUUUUGUGGAAUGGUCUGAAUAUGAACAGCUCCUGCAAUAAUGAUCUCAACAAGGUAGUGCAGCUGCUGAUCUGUGACCUCCUGCUGUCCAUGAGAACUUCAUUAUGGCAGAAACAGGCAUGUUCCACCCAAGCAUCCGGAGAAGCAAUGCAUGCUUCCACAUCUGUGUUGACAGGAUUUCAGCGGGACCUCAGUAGUCUUCGCAGAUUGGCCCUCACCUUUAAACCUGCACAAUGCAAGUUGUUCUUGCAUGAAGCCACAGUCCGUCUCAUGGCUGGAGCAAGUCCCACUCGUACCCACCAGUUAUUGCAGCACAGCCUUCAGAAACGCCCCCCAAAUUCAAGUAAGCCAGGUGACCUGGAAUCAUUACUGGGACAGAGGGAGAGAGCUACAGCCAUCCUUUUGGCAUGCCGUCACCUCCCCUUGUCAUUUUUGUCAUCUCCUGGCCAGAGAGCAGUAAUGUUGGCUGAAGCGGCACGGACUUUGGAGAAGGUGGGCGACAGGCGCUCAUAUCAUGAUUGCCAGCAGAUGAUGGUGAAGCUUAGUGGGGGCACUGCCAUGGCAGCCUCGUGAGACCCACUGUUUUGGUCUGGCUUAAACUACUGAACAUCAGCCAGGAAUAAAUGCCAGCCAUUCUGAUGAGUGUAAUCAAGCUGGUCAGCGUUUUUAUAAACCAAAUGGAAAAACUGAGAAUAAUCUUGGUGAAAUAUUCUACAGGAAGGUACUGUCAUCAGAAAAGAAGCCUAAGCAGACAGUCGCAUCGUCAGAUACAUUACUUAUGCAAUUUGUUUUGUAUCAUGAGAUAUGCAUUGCUUAUAAUUAUGGUUUCUCAACUCCGGUCCUCGGGACCCACUUACCGGUCAGGAUUUGAGAACAUCCCACAGAAUGAAUACCUGUGGUAAGUCCUGAUGCAUGGACACAAAUUAUAUCUCCUGCUCAAUACUAAGGAAAUCCAGAAAACAUGACUGGUAGGUGGGUCCCAAGGGCCGGAGUUGAGAGACCCUGGCUUAUAUCAUCCCACAUUAACAGAAUAUAAACUCAAGGAUCUCUUUUAAUUGCCACCUAGCAGCCUUUUUUUAAGGCAACCCACAGUAACAUUACAGUUGGACACCCAUAAAUAGCUUUGUUCCAAAUAAUUGAAAUUGUAAAACGAACAUAGUUGUGUCAGCCAUUUUGUGAAUAUUGAUAAUUUUGUUCUGGUCAUGAAAUCUGUUCCAAAGUUUUCUUUUUAUGAAUUAUAUGAUUAGCGAGUCUAUUUGGAUCCUUUAUCAUCUGUUCAUGAAGUUUCUAUUAUGGAUCAAUGCACUGAUCAAAGUAAUUCUCCAGCUAUAAAGCGUACUGACGGCUCAUAAAUGGUGUAGCCACAUGGUCGGGGUUCUUGAAGGGAUUUUGGAAACUAAAACCAGAAGUGAAUAAUAAAAAAAAACAG